CGCUCCCUGAGCGGGCUGAUCCUCAAGAACAACGUCAAGGCUCAUUUCCAGAGCUUCCCCCCGCCCGUGGCCGAGUUCAUCAAGCAGGAGUGCCUGAACCACCUGGGCGACGCCUCCUCGCUCAUCCGCGCCACCAUCGGUAUCCUGAUCACCACCAUCGCCUCCAAGGGCGAGCUGCAGAUGUGGCCGGAGCUGCUGCCCCAGCUCUGCAACCUGCUCAACUCCGAGGACUACAACACCUGCGAGGGGGCUUUUGGGGCGCUGCAGAAAAUCUGCGAGGAUUCCUCGGAGCUGCUGGACAGCGACGCCCUGAACCGGCCCCUCAACGUCAUGAUCCCCAAAUUCCUGCAGUUCUUCAAGCACUGCAGCCCCAAAAUCAGGUCCCACGCCAUCGCCUGCGUGAACCAGUUCAUCAUGGACCGGGCGCAGGCGCUGAUGGAGAACAUCGACACCUUCAUCGAGCACCUGUUCGCGCUGGCGGUGGACGAGGACCCCGAGGUGAGGAAGAACGUGUGCCGGGCGCUGGUGAUGCUGCUGGAGGUGCGCAUCGACCGCCUGAUCCCCCACAUGUACAGCAUCAUCCAGUACAUGCUGCAGAGGACGCAGGACAGUGACGAGAACGUGGCGCUGGAGGCCUGCGAGUUCUGGCUGACGCUGGCCGAGCAGCCCAUCUGCAAGGACGUGCUGACGGCACACCUGGUGCAGCUGAUCCCGAUCCUGGUGCACGGGAUGCGGUACUCGGAGAUCGACAUCAUCCUGCUCAAGGGCGACGUGGAGGAGGACGAGGCGGUGCCGGACAGCGAGCAGGACAUCAAGCCGCGCUUCCACAAGUCGCGCACGGUGACGCUGGCGCACGAGGAGCAGCGCGGCGACGGCGGCGACGGGGACGGCGACGACGAGGACGACGACGACACGCUGUCCGACUGGAACCUGCGGAAGUGCUCGGCGGCGGCGCUGGACGUGCUGGCCAACGUGUUCCGGGAGGAGCUGCUGCCGCACCUGCUGCCCCUGCUCAAGGAGCUGCUCUUCCACCUCGAGUGGGUGGUCAAGGAGUCGGGGAUCCUCGUGCUGGGGGCCAUCGCCGAAGGCUGCAUGCAGGGCAUGGUGCCCUACCUGCCCGAGCUGAUCCCACACCUGAUCCGCUGCCUGGCGGACCGCAAGGCGCUGGUGCGCUCCAUCGCGUGCUGGACGCUCAGCCGCUACGCGCACUGGGUGGUGGCGCAGCCCCCCGAGCUCUACCUGAAGCCCCUCAUGACCGAGCUGCUGCAGCGCAUCCUGGAUGGCAACAAACGCGUGCAGGAGGCGGCCUGCAGCGCCUUCGCCACGCUGGAGGAGGAGGCGUGCACGGAGCUGGUGCCGUACCUGAGCUUCAUCCUGGACACGCUGGUGUUCGCCUUCGGCAAGUACCAGCACAAGAACCUGCUCAUCCUGUACGACGCCAUCGGCACGCUGGCCGACUCCGUGGGCCACCACCUCAACCAGCCGGAGUACAUCCAGAAGCUGAUGCCGCCGCUGAUCCAGAAGUGGAACGAGCUCAAGGACGAGGACAAGGACCUGUUCCCUCUGCUGGAGUGCCUGUCCUCGGUGGCCACGGCCCUGCAGAGCGGCUUCCUGCCCUACUGCGAGCCCGUCUACCAGCGCUGCGUCACCCUGGUGCAGAAAACGCUGGCCCAGGCCAUGAUGUACAACCAGCACCCCGAGCAGUACGAGGCCCCCGACAAGGAUUUCAUGAUCGUGGCCCUGGACCUGCUGAGCGGCCUGGCCGAGGGGCUGGGCGGCCACGUGGAGCAGCUGGUGGCCCGCUCCAACAUCAUGACCCUGCUCUUCCAGUGCAUGCAGGACACGAUGCCCGAGGUGCGGCAGAGCUCCUUCGCCCUGCUGGGCGACCUCACCAAGGCCUGCUUCGUGCACGUCAAGCCCUGCAUCGCCGAGUUCAUGCCCAUCCUGGGCACCAACCUGAACCCCGAGUUCAUCUCGGUCUGCAACAACGCCACGUGGGCCAUCGGCGAGAUCUGCAUGCAGAUGGGUGAGAGACCCCCCCCGGCACCCCCGAACUUCUCUGACCCCCCCCGGGCACCCCCAGACCCCCCUUGGGGACCCCGAAACUGA